AAUCACUACUAAUUCAAACUAGUAGUAGUUUUUCCCAUGGUCAGGACGGUGCUAACUACUGUACAAUUAGCACCGUAGCCGUUCCCAAUUUGUUAACUCUCGCGAUUAUAUGAUAAAUAAAUUGUGUAGGAGAUCAAAGUACUAAGUUAACUAUUCAAUUUUGAAAGUAUAGUCAACAUUUUAAAAAUUCAUGUAAUCCCGUUAAUAAAAGCAUCACCACAACUAGCUUUGUUCCCGGCCUUUGGCUGCAUGAGUUUCGUGUUUUAUCUUAUCAGUCAAGUAAUUUACAGAUAACUAAUUUAACUUGUUAAGUUAGUUUAUUUUCGAGAAAAUAUUUGUAGUCUAUUAAUUUAGAUUUAUGAGAUUGUACCUAAGUGAUUGUUUAUUUCUCAACUAAGCGGUCGACAUUCAUCAAUGAUAUUUAAGUUCGACAUUCAAUUUCUAAUGGUUGGAUAUUGACAUAUGAAAGUGUAAUAUAGAGAAUUUUGAUGAACGAUUGUGGUGGAGAAGAUUUUUUUUGAACAAACUCCUUAAUAUAUUUUUAUAUACAUAUUUUGAAGUUAUAUAUAUCUAUCAUAAAUAGGUGAAAAAAUUAUUAUUAUAUAUUUUUAUGAACAAAUAAUUAUUUUUAAUUAUAAAUAGAUAACCAUUUAUCACGAUAAAUAAUAAUAUUUUUAUUUCAUAAUCUCUCAUAUACUUCUACAAAACUACCAAAAGAAAAGGGGGAAAAGAAAGCCUACGACAAGGAGGAGUUUUAACUUGUAAGAGCGAGGAAAGUAAAAACUAUAAAAAAAUCUCUCACGGGUAUGAAAAAAACUACUGUAAAAAAAGGAACUGUUGAACUUUGAAGGAAUUAUAUCUUUGCCAUGGCAUCGUUUCAAUGUUGGGAUUGGGGGGGGGGAGGGGGAAGAUAGACGGAAUUCUGAUGGGCGAAGGAGAGUUAAAUGCUGGCAUGGAGGCAUGUAUGACAAUAAAUUUUGAAUCUCAACAUGGGAGUUUGGAAAAACGCUUAAAAGUAUUUUUAGACAAGUUAAUACAAUUUUAUAAACGCAUGUUAUCAUGCCAUUACUACAAACUGAUAGAAUGCAUCAUUAAAGUGCGAUAUCUAACCCACCGCUAAAAAAACAAAAAAAAACAGGGGCAAUGGCUAAAGAUGUGAAAAGUUAGAAGAAAGAUGUGGUAGACUGGAUUAAUGGCUGGAGCUGCCAAAGUAGUUGCAAUUCAACCCUAGCCACCUUCUACCGCAACGCUACUGCAUGCAUUUCCGGCCAUUAGCAUUUAUGAAGUGUACAGAUGCAAAUUGUCAGCUAUAUGUAUAUAUAAUAUAGCCACUCUAUCUGCCUGUGCACUUCACAUUAUAGUAUUAUACCAUCCCAAUAAUACACACAUCAAUAACCAAACGGCAGCAGAAAUGGCAGUCCCAGCUACUGUAACACUGCUACUCAUUGUAGCUGCUGUACUUCCGAUCGUCGUCAUUAGAACCGCAGAGGCUCGAGCUUUCUUCGUGUUCGGCGAUUCGCUGGUGGACAGUGGCAACAACAACUACCUCGCCACAACUGCUCGCGCGGAUUCCCCUCCUUACGGUGUCGACUACCCGACCCGCCGCCCCACCGGCCGCUUCUCCAACGGCCUCAACAUUCCCGACCUCAUUAGUGAGAGAAUUGGACAGUCGGAGCCUCCUCUGCCAUACCUCUCGCCGGAGCUGACAGGUCAGAGGCUCCUCAACGGCGCCAACUUCGCCUCUGCCGGGAUCGGAGUCCUCAACGACACUGGAAUCCAAUUCAUUAACAUAAUCAGAAUGUACCAACAACUGGCCUACUUCCAGGCGUAUCAGCGAAGGCUUCGAGGCCUAAUCGGCGCUGCUCGAGCCAAGAGGGUCGUCAGUGGAGCACUGGUCCUGAUCACGGUUGGCGGUAACGAUUUUGUGAACAACUACUACUUGGUGCCUUACUCUGCCAGGUCUCGCCAGUUGGCCUUGCCUGAUUACGUCAAAUACGUCAUCUCGGAGUACAAAAAAUUGCUCAAGAUUUUGUACAAGUUGGGAGGCAAGCGAGUUCUGGUGACGGGAACAGGGCCGCUAGGGUGUGCCCCGGCAGAGCGAGCAAUGAGGGGCACAAACGGAGGAUGCUCGGCAGAGCUUCAACGCGCAGCGGCACUGUUCAACCCGCAGCUCGACGAGGUGCUGAACGAGCUGAACAGAGAGAUUGGGAGGGAUGUUUUUGUUGGUGUCAAUACUGCACAAAUGCACAACGAUUUCGUCACCAACCCCGGAGCUUUUGGGUUUGCGACGUCGAAGGUGGCAUGCUGCGGGCAAGGGCCUUACAAUGGCCUAGGACUGUGCACACCAGCUUCGAAUCUGUGCCCGAACAGGAACCUGUACGCGUUCUGGGACGCCUUCCAUCCAUCGGAGAAGGCAAACAGGAUCAUAGUUGAGCAGAUGUUCUCUGGAACCGCGGAGUAUAUGAAACCCAUGAAUCUUACCACCAUCAUGCAACUGGAUGCCAGAACGUGAUCCAUCGUCAUUUGUGAAUGGAACUGGAAAAAAUUUGGAUGUUGUUGUUGGUUAAUAAAUGCAUUGUUAUUGUCUUCGUUUUACCUUUCCUUUUUUCGCUUUGUUUUGGGAUAAUGGAGUUUCAUUUGGUAAAGUUAUGGUCAAUUGGUCAUUGUACGUACAAUAUCAAGGUUUUAUUUUGGUGAGACUUCGAAUUCGAAGUUCAGCCUGUUGAACUGGAAUGUCAUUUUCUUAUUCAGACUCAAAGUAUUAGCUAGAGACUGCAAAAUACGUGCAACAUUUAAACUCCAGCUGUUUUACAUUAAAAAGGAAACUCGAGGAAAAAAUCCAAAACUAACACCGUUUAAAAAAAAAAUUACAAAAAUACCACCCAGACCAAAUAAUUUCCAAAAAUACCAUCAUUUAUAUAAAACCGCGCAUUUAAUGAGCGGUUUUUAAUAAAACCGCGUCUCCAGGUGGCGGUUACAGAGAAAAACGCGCCCCCAAGGCGCGGUUUGACCUUGCAUGGCUGUCAAACCGUGUUGCCACGUGGCGGUGCAUCAAACCGCCAAUCGGAGGAGCGUUUUGACGGCUAAAACGCGUGCCAAGUCAGCAAUCCGUGUAGCCCACAGAAACCGCUUCCCCGAGGCGCGGUUUGACCGUUGGGAAACUAAAACCGCUCCCCCGAGGCGCGGGUUGACCGUCGGGAAAAGCAAACAGCGUGCUGGAGGCGCGGUUUUUGGUGGCAAGAAAUUACUCCACCGACCCUCCCCCACGCGGUUUGAAGCCUAUAUAACCCCCCCCCCCCCUCCCCCUCUCUUCUCUUUUCUGCACACCAUCCACCACACUCCCCUCUCUCCCUCUAACUUCUCUCUACCCAACCCCUCCCCACCCAACCUUAGAAUUAGUUUUUUUGUUGGUUGCGGCUAAGUCCGAUCUGCCUCCAAAAGACUUUUUCUUUGGUUUUCACUAAAAACCCGUCGAACCUCUGUCCGGAUUCCGAGAGAAUGGCCGAUUUUGCUCAAGAAGAGGGUCUUUUUUAUGAUGAUUAUCAAACGGUACGUACUCAUUUUUCCCAAUUGUUGUUGUUAUAAUGAUUUAUUUAAUUUAUAUACUAAUGAUUUAUGUUAUUGUUAUGCUAUCGUAGGUUGGGCCGAAUGUUGAUAUUUUCAAUCAACGAUAUUAUGUUGAUCAAGGACCGAUUGAUCCGACAGUUUUAUACGAUCAAGCAAAUCAUCGUUCAAGAGACGUUUGGAACGACCACAAGGUACAUAUUAUUUAUCAUCACUUGUAAUUUGUAUUUUGUUAAAGUAAUUUAUUUGUUGUACAAUAAUUUACUUAAUUGUUAAUCGUAUUGAUUAUUUUUAAUAAUUUAAAUCAAUACAAUACAACACUUAUUGAGACUCUGUUAUAAAGAAAUACAUGUCUAAGGAAAUGGGGACUUAAGCGAUCAUCAUGAUCCCCCCAUGACCUGGGAAAAUCGGGUUCUAAGCGAUCCUCGGAUCCCCCCUUUUUCUGUCAAAAAGACUGUGUUUCUAAGGAGAUGUAUACCUCUCCUAAGAGUCUUACGAGUGUACUUGUAUUGCUUUAAAUUAUUGAAAAUAAUUAAUACGAUUAACAAAAUAAUAUAUUUGAUUUUAUGUGUAUGUGUACAAAAAAUAUUUAUACUUAAAUUUCGAAUAUUACUUUAGUUAUGUUAAUAUUAAGAUUUAUUAGAUAAUGUAUAUUUCUCUAAAACAACCUUGCUUUAAUUAAUAUUGCAUCUUUUAAUAUUAUUUAUUUAUGCUAAUAUUAAUGUUUAUUAGAUAAUGUAUAUUUCUCUAAAACAACCUUGCUUUAAUUAAUAUUUCAUCUUUUAAUAUUAUUUAUUUAUGCUAAUAUUAAUGUUUAUUAUAUAAUGUAUAUUUCUUCAAAUGAACCUUGAUUUAAUUA